AUGUCAUCCUUUAAUUCUUUCUUAAUUGUAUUUUUAAUUUGUAUAACUAUUGGUUGUGCUACUACCAAUGCUGCCAGUUUUAAUGCCGAAUACCAACUGUCCUUGGUCAACAAAGUCAGAGCUCAAAAUGGAAAAUCUCCACUUGUCCUUAGUCCAUGCCUCCUCCUCAGUGCUCAAGCCCAAUCAAAUUACCAAUUGUCCAUUAUUACAAUGACUCACAACUCACCUUACGGAAGUUUAUUCGACAGAAUGAUUAAAUUUGGGUGUCAACUAAUGACUAGUGUCGCAGAAAAUGUUGCAAUGGGACAACAAACCGAUGACACUGUAAUGAAUGCAUGGGUUGCUUCACCAGGCCAUUUUGCAAAUAUUAUUGGAAAUUAUAAAUAUUUUGGUGCAGGUAUGGCUCAAUCAUCAUCAAAUGGGGCUCCAUUUUGGACUCAACAAUUUGCAAAUUAUCAAACAUGUGUUCCAACCUCUUCUUCUUCAUCAUCUUCGACUACUGUCAAACCAACUACCUCUAGUGUUUCAAGUGCCAACAGUGGAACUUCUUCCACCUCUUUAUCAACUAGUUCCAAUCCAACCAGUGGAACUUCUUCCACCUCUUCAUCAUCUGGAUCAACAAGUGGAACUCCAACUGGACCAAACCUCUCCAACACUACUCUUCAUGUUUCUCUUGUCAACACUUUCAGAGUUGCCAAUAACAAACCAGUAUUUAUCUUGUGCCCAUGCCUAGUUCAAGCUGCCCUUGCUCACUCUCAAUACCAAGCCUCCAUCAACACCGCCACCAACUCUGAUCCAGAGGGUUCAGUUGCCAAUAGAAUUAGAGCUCGUGGAUGUCCCAACGUUAGCACUGCUACUCAAAAUAUUGGAUGUGGAUUCAAUACUGAUGCCUCUGCUGUUCAAGGUUUCACGACAACUAGCACCAAGAACAAUUUACUUGGCAAUUACCAAUAUUUUGGUUCUGCAAUGGUUAAAUCACCACAAGGUUAUCCAUAUUGGACUCAAAUUGUUAUGAAUGGUGAAUGUUCCUAA